ACGGAUAAAUUGAUAUAAAACGACUUUGAUUUACUAUAUUGAAAAAAAUAAGACUUCAAUGAUGUCAACGUCAAGCUCUCUUGAUUCAGCAGAAUCAAAUGGAUCUAAUGUUUGGGCUUAUAAAGCAGCUUUUGAUAAACGGUAUCAAAAAUUUUUAGAUGAAGUAACUCCAUAUUAUGCGUAUAGAUGGAUUGGCACUGUUGUCAUAUUGGGAUUAUUCAUGCUACGCAUUUUCAUAUUACAAGGUUUUUACAUAGUAACUUAUGCGUUGGGGAUUUAUCUUCUUAAUCUUUUCCUCGCUUUUCUACAACCUAAAUUUGAUCCGUCAUUAGAAAUGGAUAUUACAGAAAACGAGGGAGAAGAGGGACCCUCACUACCCACUCAGGCUGACGAAGAAUUUAAGCCUUUUAUUCGAAGAUUACCCGAAUUCAAAUUUUGGUAUUCCUCAACGAAAGCUAUUGUUAUAUCUUUAUUUUGCACCUUUUUCCCAUUCUUUGACAUACCAGUUUUUUGGCCGAUUCUUCUUAUAUAUUUCUGUAUUCUUUUUGCUAUUACAAUGAAACGACAGAUAAAGCAUAUGAGGAAAUACAAUUAUGUUCCAUUUGAUAUUGGUAAAAAGGCAUAUAAUGGUAAAAAAUAACCAAAAAUGAGUGUUAUAAUUCAAUGAAUCAAAUAAAACUUUGAUUCAUGUAUUAAUACACCAUUUAUUUUAUUUUAUAUAUCACAAUAAUAGAGUAUACAUUAUAAUCAAUAUUCAAAACUAACUUUAUUUUUUUUUUUUUUUUUUAAAAAAAAUUGGGGUAACUUUUAAAAGAACAAAAUAAUGAAUCAUCUAACAAUGUGAAUGUUAGUUUGGGUGAGAUAUAAAACCUUUAUGUUCUUUUUUAUUUUCAUAUAUUUGUAUACUUUAUAUUUCGUACUGUUGUGUAUCAAAUUAAUUUUCCCGAAUUGUUAAAAUAUUAGUAUAAUAUAGAAAUUAUAGG